AUGAGAGAUGAUAACUCCAAGAAAAGCAAGCUUUCGUGGCCCAAAUCAUUGGUCAAGAAGUGGUUCAAUAUCAAGAGCAAAGUCGAGGACUUUCAAGCAGAUGGUGUCCUUUGCGGAGGUGUUGAUGAAGAGUAUAGGAGAAACUAUUCAUAUAGGGAGGCAUGCACUGUCAAGAAAAGCAAAAUAGGUUCAACUAGCUUAGAUCUUCUUACGAAGAAUACUGGUAGCAAAAGAUCAAUAGAGGAACAUGCAGCAUCUGAAACAAUGGAUGAUAAGAGAAAUAAUGAGUUUGAAGCUUUGAUAGCUGAAUUGCACCAGAUGAAUGCUGAAAAUCAACGUUUAAGAGAGUUGGUUGAUCAGGUUAACAAUAACUACAAUGCUCUACACAUGCAACUUAUCAAGCUAAUGCAGAUGCAGCAAAGCCAUGGGAUUAGCAGAGUCAGAGGGGAGAAUGAUAAGAAAGAAGAUAUGGUUCCAACAAGGUCAUUUUUAGAAAUGGGUGUUGCUGAAAAGGAUGAGUCUUCCCAGCAAUCUUCAAAGGGUGAACUGCGAGAAAGCAAAAGCAAGGUUGAAUUGAUGGAGUGUAAGACACAUCAAAUUUGCACCACCAAAGAUCUUGUUUUGGAUCCAUAUAAACUGGAUUCUGGCAGGGAAAGUUCAAAAGCCAGAGUGGAAUUACAAGCAUUCCCAGGGUGGAUCUCUAACGAAGUUCCUAGAUUGAGUUCUUUCAAGGAUCAAGCAUCAGAAACCAUGUCAAUGAUCAAGAAAGCUCGUGUAUCAGUUCGAGCAAGAUCAGAAUCUUCAAUGAUUGCAGAUGGAUGCCAGUGGCGAAAGUAUGGGCAGAAGAUGGCGAAAGGGAAUCCUUGUCCACGAGCUUAUUAUCGUUGCACAAUGAGAACUGGUUGUCCAGUACGCAAACAAGUACAAAGGUGUGCUGACGAUCGAAGUGUGUUGAUCACUACAUACGAAGGACAGCAUAAUCAUCCAUUACCUCCCACUGCCCAAACAAUGGCAUCAACCACUUCUGCAGCUGCUUCAAUGCUUCUUUCAGGAUCAAUGCCUAGUGCAGAUGGACUAAUUAAUCCAAGCAUAUUAGAAAGUGCUGCACUUAAUCCAUGCUCACAAAACAUGGCAACUCUUUCAGCCUCAGCCCCAUUUCCAACUAUCACAUUGGAUCUCACUCAAAGUGCUACUAAUUCCUCACAACAGCUACAAAGGGAACCACAGGGCCAACUUAGUCUCCUAACUCCACUUUUGGCUCAAAAGUUUAUCUCAGCUCCUAAUAUUUUUGGACAUGCCCUGUGUGAUCAAACUAAGCUUUCUAGCUUACAUGAUCAGUCUCAGGGAACAAACACAACUUCAUCAUUUGCUGAUACAUUACAUGGAGCUAAGGCUGCUAUCACUGCAGACCCGAAUUUUACUGCAGCUCUUGUGGCCGCUAUAACAUCAAUCGUUGGGAGUUCACAUCCAAACAACAACGGUACCAGUAAUACAAAUGGAGAUCAGCAGUAA